UCAUCUUCAUCUUCAUCCUGCUCAUCCCUGAUGCAGCAUCACUCUGCGCUAUAGCACACAGCGCGCGAGCCGCGCGAGCCUCAUGGCCGUGUGUGUGUUAUAGGAAGAUAGACAUCUUUAUUAUUUAUUCUCUCUUUAUUCCAUGAUGCGUAAGCGGAAAUGAUCCUGACCUGAGUGCCACCUGCGCGCGGAUGCUCUCUCUCUCUCUCUCUCUCUCUCUCCCUCUCUCUCUCUCUCUCUCUCUCUGAGCUGAAUUAGAGAGCACCAACACCCACAGAGCUCUGUCCCAACAAUUCAUCCAUCCUCUCCCAUCGUGUCUCUCAGCACCAUGCUUCUCUGCUGAGACUCUCUCUCUCUCUCUUACUCUCUCUCUCUCCCCUCCACAAUGAGUCGUUUCCUGUCUAAGUUGGACCCCAGGCGUGUCCAGUGGGGGGCAUUUGGCUCCCGUGUUCUCCGCACCAAGCCGGUGGAGUCCAUGUUGGAAAGUGAGAGCAGCUCUAAACUGGCACGUGUCCUGACAACCUUUGAUCUCGUCUCCCUUGGUGUUGGCAGCUGCGUCGGCACGGGAAUGUAUGUCGUAUCCGGGCUCGUUGCUAAGGAAAUGGCCGGCCCAGGGGUCAUCGUGUCCUUCAUCAUUGCUGCUGUGGCCUCCAUCCUGUCAGGCGUGUGUUACGCUGAGUUUGGUGUGCGUGUGCCAAAGACGACGGGUUCUGCGUACACCUACAGCUAUGUAACGGUGGGCGAGUGUGUGGCCUUCUUCAUCGGCUGGAACCUGAUCCUGGAGUAUCUGAUCGGCACGGCGGCCGGAGCGAGCGCUCUCAGCAGCAUGUUCGACUCGCUCGCUAACCACAGCAUCAGCUCCUUCAUGAUCAGCCAUGUGGGCACGCUCAAUGGCCUCGGUAAAGGUGAAGAGGCGUACCCUGACAUCCUGGCCCUCGUCAUUGCCAUCCUCGUCACAGCCAUCGUGGCUCUGGGAGUGAAGAACUCCGUCGGCUUCAACAACGUCCUGAACAUUAUCAACCUGCUCGUCUGGGUCUUCAUGAUGAUUGCCGGGUUUUUCUUCGUCGACAGCUCCAACUGGGACGAAGGACGAUUCCUGCCAUUCGGCUGGUCAGGGGUGAUGCAGGGCGCGGCCACGUGUUUCUACGCCUUUAUUGGCUUCGACAUCAUCGCCACGACGGGAGAGGAAGCGAAGAGUCCGAACACCUCCAUCCCCUACGCCAUUACAGCAUCACUCAUCACCUGUCUCACUGCCUACGUCUCUGUGAGCGUGAUCCUCACCCUGAUGGUGCCCUACACCCUGAUCGACGCCGACGCCCCGCUGAUGGAGAUGUUCUCUCAGCACAGGUUCUACUCGGCCAAGUACGUGGUGGCUCUCGGUUCCAUCGCCGGACUCACCGUCAGUCUGCUCGGCUCGCUCUUCCCCAUGCCACGAGUCAUCUACGCCAUGGCCGGGGACGGCCUGCUCUUCAGGUUCCUGGCUAACGUGAGUUCGUACACGGAGACGCCGGCGGUGGCGUGUGUGGUGUCGGGUUUCCUCGCCGCCCUUCUCGCUCUGUUGGUGAGUCUGCGCGAUCUGAUCGAGAUGAUGUCCAUCGGCACGCUGUUGGCCUACACGCUCGUCUCUGUGUGUGUGCUGCUGCUGCGCUACCAGCCUGAAAGUGACAUCCACGGCUUUGUCAACUUCCUGUCUGAACAGGAAGUGGCCAGGAAGAGAGAGAGUGAGGAGAAGGAGGAAUACGAAGAAGGUGAUGAGUACAAUGUCGAUGAUGGUGGUGGGUGCAUCUCGACAAACACUUGUGGCGCUAAGAAUCUCCCUUCGCUAGGCGACAACGAGAUGCUAAUCGGAAAAUCGGACAAAACCAAGUCUAGCUACGCGGCUAAUCAUCCGAACUACGGCACUGUGGACAAAUCGACCGGGAUCGAGUCUGAUGAGACGGAAAAUGCUUAUGUGCAGAAGCUAAAGAGGCUUAUGGGGCCUCGUUAUUACACCCUGCGGAUCCGGUUGGGUCUUCCUGGAAAGAUGGACCGUCCCACAGAGUCCACCGGCCGGACGGUGACUCGCUGCGUUCUCCUGCUCUUCGUCCUCGUCUUCGCCUUCUGCUCCCUGAUCACGUUCGGCGUGGGCUUCAUCGCUGAGGGACAGUGGUGGGCCGUGACGCUGCUCGUACUGCUCGUGGUUUCCAUCUCGCUGCUCAUCUUCAUCAUUGUGCAGCAGCCGGAGAACCCCAAGCGUCUGCCCUACAUGGCGCCCUGCGUGCCCUUUGUCCCCGUCUCGGCCAUGUUGGUCAACAUUUAUCUCAUGCUCAAACUGUCCGGCAUCACCUGGAUCCGCUUCGCCGUCUGGUGCUUCAUAGGUGUGUUGAUUUAUUUUGGCUAUGGAAUGUGGAACAGCACACUGGAGAUCACGGCUCUGGAGGAGGAAGCUCAUGCCAGCACGUACCAGCGCUACGACAUGGGCGUCGACGACAACGUCGCUGUAGACGACGACCUUUGCCCUCCGGGAGACUGGAAACCCCAAAGCAGGACCGAGAACCAGAACCGCAACACAGAUGACGUUUCAGAUCCCAAAAAGUCCUCGUCGUCCCGCAGCAGAGCUAAAAACAAGAACGUGAAAACCAACUUCGAGGCUCUGGUGGUGGACGACGAUUUGGACGAGCCGUUGGAAUGAAAAAAGUCUUAAAAUCGUGGGUCCAGGGUGACAGAAACUCUUGGGCUAGAUGGUUCAGUCUGCACUCCAAAGUUUAAAUACGCUUACUGACCUAUUUAUCUGUUUUUAAUUUGUGUUUUUAACCUUAACUACUGACUGGAAUCGUAGAAAAAUGAAUUAUUAUUAUUCAGAUAGGCCUACUGCAUAUCUUUGCACUUUGCUUGCUAUCACACACUCCAAAGACGGACCGUUAAUUACUCCAUUCCUUUUUUGGAAUUGUAUUUUUUCAUUUUAAUGUCUCUCGAACUGCAGUAAUUAAUGCAUUGUUUAUUACAUGCUAGCUAGCUAAUGAGUCUAACAGCUUUUUCUGAGGAAAACAAACAGAUGAAAAUGUAACUUUUGUGAGAAGGUUCCAUCGGCGUUGGCAGUUUGCGGCAUUCAGCUAAAAAAUUUCUGACAUUCUGCUAACACGUAAACACGACAUGAUGAAAUUUAGCAAGCUAGAGUCCAGGGAUUCUCCUCCGCAUGAACGGUUAAAUGACCUUUUGACACCGAGUACCAGAUAAGGACUAAUGAAAGAUGGAAGAGGAAGCCUCAAGACACAGCCAAUCACAUGUCAGAUCUGCUUAAUUAACAUUAACGAUUCAUGUGGUGGGGUUUGGGUCCACGUGUGCUGCGUUCGUCUGUUUUUCAUUUUGAAAUGAAAAUGGGAUAACAGAUUUUUGUUUCAUUUUUGUUUCUCUUGGCAUGCACUAAAAUAGGAACACAGAUCAUUUUUUCAUAAAAAUAUUUUAAUAAUUAAAAUAUUAAUUCACUUUUAAUUGUUUCCACUUGUUUCAUCACACAAAGAAAUCAAAUAUUCAUGAAUAUUCAAAUAUGAAAAAAUCACACAUCUAGAUCAUGCGAGAUAAUUACUAGCUAGAAAAACAGAUUUCAGAUCAGUUCAAGAAUCCUCAGGUGCUGUGAUUUAAGAAUAUCUUAAUCACCCAGAAGUGCGGUUGAAAUAAAAGCGUCGUGAUUUUUAGCUAGUAAAUGUCAGUGUCUGACUGAGCUGAUAACAUUAGCUAAAUAGCUCAUUCGUGAAAAUUAGAUUUCUAGACUUUGUGCGAUGAAACAAGUAGAAACAAUUAAAAAACGAAUCAAUAUUUUAAUAUUAAAAAUAAUUGUAUGAAAGAAAUGUAUUAAUUUUCUAUUGUGGUGAAUGUCAAGAGAAAAAUAACAAAAAUAAAAAGCCGUUUUCUUGUUUUCUCAUUUUCAUUUCAGAAACAAAAAACAACGUACACUGUCCAGCGUGCCGCAGUUUAGCGGUAACGCCAAUACGCACGUACGAUCAUUCACUUCCUGUUACCGCAACUCACGACAACUAAAACUCUUCAGACCAAUCACACGCCACGGGUUUGUUCCGAAAUCCAACUUUCAAUUCUUACUAUCGUUCAGCGUCUGUGAAGCUAAGACCGAGCUCAGCUAAGAUCUGACAGGAAGAGAAAAUCAAGCUGUAUAUAAACUGUAACUACGUGAAAACGUUGGAAUUAUUAACAGAGUUUUAUCAUUUAAAACUCAGAGCUAGCCAUGAGGAGAUGAAGCGUCUGCUCUAAACAGGUUAUUAGGUUACAAUGAAUUUCCGCUUUCAUCCGUUCUCUUCUUUCUGUUUUCACUUUCAGGUGCCGUAACCAAAAAGUCGAAUCUCAGUCGUACGUUGAGAAGAAGUUGUGCUAGUGACUGUUUUUUUUAAAACCUCAUAUCAGAAUCUUCUUUCUUUCUAACAUCUAGCCCAAGAGGUGGCGCUCUAACCAGCCACAGUUUGCUUGCGAUUAGUGCCUUCAUGCGUCACGGUGUCUCUGAUCACGACUGCUCAUGCUUACGUACGUCUGUAUUUGUGUGUGUUUAUUUUCGUACGAGGAAAACGGCAUGACACGGGCGUCUUUAAUCAUUCCAAACGUUGAAUCAUUUGUGCCUGUUAGCUUGCCAUGUUCCACCAUUUUCUCACCAGCUCUGUGUGCUAGCAUUCCGCUCAACCCCUACGAUCUCACGCCGCAUUCGUGCAGAUUCAAGCCAAUCGAGUUUGUAUGAAACAUAACCCCGCCCCUCAUUCAGACCUUCACCAUUCAUGUGUUUUUUUUAACGAAUGCGCAGUUGUGAGAUCAUGUUGGUAUGGUUUGUGUCUUUCUGCUGAUCGGGGCUUUCUUUUUUUCGGAGGAUGUUUGAUGUUUAAAGUUUUGUUUUGUCACUUGAGCUGCGAAGCGUACGAGUUUCUCACACACCAAACGUGUGGCUGAUCGUUUUUCCAGGCCCAAAGCUAAACUCAUUCCACCGUAAGAGGCCUUACGUUUUUCAGUUUCUAACAUAUAUACUGUCCAAAAAAAACAAAAACUAAAGAUAUUAUUGAGUAUGUUUGUUUAAAUGAACGUUAAAAAAAAGAAAUUCUUUGUUCAGUUGCAUAGUGACCUGGGUUUUGGACAUGCUACGCUAGGUUGUGCCACACAAUGCGCAGUCAUCUGUAAUGUACAGAGCUUUAUUUCAGGCAGUUUGUGCGUAUUUGUGUGUGUGUGUGUGGUUUAUUGUCCAUGUGCGUUUGUUUCAAUCGUGUAGCAUGUGGAAAUAAAACUUGCGUCGCUGAGUAAUUUGCAUGUGUGAAAAACCACAACAAGACACAAAACAGCUCUCUGGCUGUGUUCCAAUUCUGUUUUUAAUGCGCCCUUGCUGACUUCCCCUUGGUCCUGAAGUCCCAUCGGCUGUGUUAAGGGCUGUUCUGUUACCGUAUGAGUUUGAAUGAAAUUGAUUAGAAUUGAUUGAAUUGAUUGAAUAGAUUGAUUGGAUCGAACUGAUGCCGGUCCUGGAUUUGCUCACUGAAAGGGGCGGAGCUUAAGUUAGCUGACACUCACCCCACAGUUGAUUAUUUUCACUACGUAAUUUGCCAAUGACGACUUUUUUUUUUAACUUUACUAAAGAAUGACGUGUACAUUUUAUCCAUUUAAAUUUACAUUUAUAGUUUAAUGUUGUAGAACACUUGUCAAAGCCUGACGUGGCUGUAAUCUUCAUCCCUCCGUGUAUAUGACGGAACUGCACAAAUUUAUUGCUCGAGAGUUAGCAUGUUAGCGAGUCAGUGAGCAAAAACACCACAGGCUGCUGGAAGUGCGCACUUCUGCGAAAUAAACGACGCGCACUUCGUAGGGAGCGAGGGCGCGUUAAAAGUGGGUUGGGACGCAGAGUGUGACGCAGCACGUCCUCCUGUUUACAUAGCCAAAGUCUGCCGAACGCCAUUUUCCUUCACAAUCAGAAAUAAAAUGGCGUCUGACUUCAGAGUGCAAAAAAAAAAAAAAAAAAGUGAGGGAGACAAAAAGAGAAACGUAAAGAGGAUUUUUUUAUGGUUGUUUCAUAAAGAGGAGUUUUAACGCCACCACAUACAGGACGAGAAACCCAAAGAUCUGAGUGCAUGAACACCUGUUUCUAUUUUAUCAGCUACCAAUCACUAAAUAUCAUCAUCCUUUACUCAGUACUGUGUGUUCUGAUUGGCCGAGAGCAGUGCAGUGUGCUCUGAUUGGCCGAGAGCAGUGCAGUGUGCUCUGAUUGGCCGAGAGCAGUGCAGUGUGCUCUGAUUGGCUGAGAGCAGUGCAGUGUGCUCUGAUUGACUGAAAGCAGUACAGAGUGUUCAGAGUCGCUGACAGCAGUACAAUGUUUUCUGAUUGGCUGACAGCAGUACAAUGUUUUCUGAUUGGCUGACAGCAGUACAGCAUUUUCUGAUUGGCUGACAUUAGUAUAGUGUGUUUUUGAGUGGCUGAGAGCAGUACAGUGUGUUCUGAUUGGCUACGAGAGAUACAGUGUGUUCUGAUUGGCUGAGACCAGUGUUAAUGUGUUCAUAUAUUUGAAAAUAUACAGUUAUCAAAGUAUUCUAAGAACUUUUAAGAAUUUAUGGCAUUUUCAAUAUAAUCAUUCAUUAAAUAUUUUUAACUGUAUUUGGCAUAUUUUUAGAGAAUUGCAUUGGAGUUUGGGGUUUUUAUAAACUUUAUACCAUUUAAAGUUUCAGACUAAAGUGUGAAACUUUCCGUUAAAACACACUGAUGGAAUGUUGAAGGAUUUAAAUUAGAGCUGCCAGCUGAUGAUGUCAUCAUGGAUGUCACACCAGCCGACCAAUCAGCAGCUUCGCUUCAAAUCACACUCAGUGUUCUAGCACACUCAUGUUUUUCUUCAAAUUACGAUUGUGACACGUUUUCAACUUGUAAAACUCGGUUAGGAAAUUUUUCGGAGUUUCUACGACAUGUUACAAACAAAACAGCAAAAAUCAGCCACUUUGUACAGUUUAUACAGACACAAUACAGACUAUAAUACAAUAUCAGGCUUUAAUUUAAUUAAUUAGUGAAAGAUAAAAUACGGUUUAGCUACGUCUAGCUAUCAUCGCUAUAGAAACAGGCUGACAGGAUAUACAGUAUGGGGUGAAGAAAGCGUCAGAUUAGUGUUUGAUAACUGAUAAAAAUAAAAACAGUUCCGCUCCAGGAGUGCACUCGGACGUUUGGAAACGAAGGCGUCUAUUUUUAACGAGCUCUUUUAGUAAUUUUAAGUUUUAGCAUUGACUGUAGUUUGAUCAAGACUCGAGCACCGAGACAGCGUUUCCACUAGAACAGGAGAUUGUGUAAAGGAAUAUUUUAUUACGGAUCUAUUUUAAAAAAAAAAAUUAGCUACUGUUAGCGGUAAGACUUGGCUAGCGUUUAUUUUAUCUAUUUCCUGUCGAUGGUGCACUCUGCGCAUUGUGGUGUUUGUGCGCGGAGUGUGUGUGUCAGGUGUGUGUUGUUCAGGUGAGAUCAGCUUCCCAAUGUGAACUUGUUCUUUCUGUGCAUUUUGGAUGUUAUUCUUGUAUGAUUUGAAAUGAUUUAAAAGAAAAAAAGGACAAAAUAUUUAUCUAUAUAUCUAUAUCUAUAUCUAUAUAUAUCUCAUUUCGUUUUUUUUCCCACCAUUUGUAGUCCUGCUGCCGCGUCACACUGUGUGAUGAUGUUGUCAUGGCAACAAUGAAAGCUGUUUAUUGCAGACCUGAUGAAGCGUCGCUCUUGAUUUGCCUGCUUUUGUUGAAAUAAACACUGAUCUGAGUUCA